AUGAGACGGCAGAAAUACAAUCCCGCAUAUCUAUCUAUCUAUCUAUCUAUCUAUCUAUCUAUCUAUCUAUCUAUCUAUCUAUCGUUUUAUGAUGGACAAGAAUUCUAUUUUUCAUCUUUCAAUGUUUUCAUUUUUAUUUAUAUAUCUAUCCCGAUAUGUAAUUUAUCUAUCUAUCGUGUUUUGUUUGUUCAUAUCUAUCUAUCUAUCUAUCUAUCUAUCUAUCUAUCUAUCUAUCUGAUUUUGGUUGAUCAUAUAUAUUUCUAUGUAUGUCUAUCUAUCUAUCUAUCUAUCUAUCUAUCUAUCUAUCUGAUUUUGGUUGUUCAUAUAUAUUUCUAUGUCUGUUUAUCUAUCUAUCUCUUCUUGGCUGUUCAUAUAUAUUUCUAUGUCUGUUUGCCUAUCUAUCUAUCUAUCUAUCUGAUCUUGGCUGUUCAUAUAUAUUUCAAUGUAUGUUUAUCUAUCUAUCUAUCUGAUUUUGGAUGUUCAUAUCUAUCUAUCUAUCUAUCUAUCUAUCUAUCUAUCUAUCUAUCUGUUCAUAUAUAUUUCUAUAUCUAUCUAUCUAUCUAUCUGAUCUUGGCUGUUCAUAUAUAUUUCAAUGUAUGUUUAUCUAUCUAUCUAUCUAUCUAUCUAUCUAUCUAUCUGAUUUUGGAUGUUCAUAUCUAUCUAUCUAUCUAUCUAUCUAUCUAUCUAUCUACGUAUCUGAUUUUAGCUGUUCAUAUAUAUUUCUAUAUCUAUCUAUCUAUCUAUCUAUCUAUCUAUCUAUCUAUCUAG